AUGUACAAUUCAGAUGCACAAAAGCUCAUCCAAGAAAUAAGGACCAUCCAAAUGGAGAGUAGGUUACUGGGAAAGCCAUUCACUGAUGACACUCUAUUUUCUAAUCUACAAAAGUGUACUAUCCAACACCCAAUGUACAAAGAGACCAUCACCACUGUGAGCCAGCUCAGUUUUAGUGCACUUGCCACUGCCCUAUCCAUCUGGCAAUCAGCGAUCGAGAACAACCCCACACUGAGGGUUGAUCCCCAACAAGCCAGUGCCAGAGUUGCCAGCAGCAAUGACCAGGAUGAACCACCUGGAAAGGACAAGAAGGACAAAAAGGACACUGACAGCACCAGCACCAAGGUUGCUGCAAGACCCUGA